AUGCCUAGGGAAUCUCCAAGGGAGUACGCGGAGGUGUUCGCUAACUUGCUAACGAUACAGAAGGAAGCGCAAGGUGAUUUGGACACCGAUACAGCAGAUACCUAUGAAGAACUUGCAGCAGCCUAUUCCCUGCAAGGCAUGCCAGAAUUGGCCAUCGAGGCUUGCGGGAAAGCCAUCAACAUUCGCAAAUCGAUGCUUGGCAAUGAUUAUAUACAUCCACUCACCAAGAAUCUGAUGAUGACUACCCUGAAAGGUUUCAAACGCGAGAAAACUGCGAAAGCACUGAACGAACAAGGAUUGGCAAUGAGUGCGCAAGGCGAUUCGGAUAUGGCGAGCGAUACAACUCUUCCAUGA